GUUAAAUCAAUUUGAUGAUGUGGAAGAAGACAAACUUAACAAACCCUUUCGCCCUGUUCCAUCCGGCCUCGUCACAGUUAAAGGAGCACAACGCCGGUUAAUCGCAUUUAACAUAAUAUUUCCAAUUGUAUCUUAUCUCAUCGGUGGUUUACCUUUACUUAUCAGCGCUUUUAUUUGGCAAGCAUGGUUUGUCACUUAUAAGCUUCUUGACCUUAAUGUCAAUGCUCUCUGCAAGAAUUGUUUUUCGGCUUUUGGUGCAUGGAUUAUGUUUGUCGUUAGCAGUAAUCUUAUAAUUGGUACUGAGUUUAAAGUAUCUAAAUGGUGGGGUUGUGAGCCGUGCCCAUUUAAACUUUCGGUUGUUAUCUUUGUGUUGUUCACCCUUCAAGUCCAAGAUUUUCGGGAUCAGAAAGGCGACAAACUUAUUGGUCGUAAAACAUUACCCCUUCUUAUUGGUGAUAACAUUUGUAGGUGGCUAACUGCCAUAGCAUUGGCCCUGUCCGCAUUUUUCCUAUAUGGUUCUGCGAAUUAUUUUUUGAUAUUGCCUGGUGUCAAAAAGCUCAACAUAUCUGUUCCGUCAGAAUUCACUAUUACUGAAACUGUUCUUUUUGCCGUAACAGCGUGGACUUGUGUUAGAUUGAUUAAAUAUAGGGAUCAAAGUGAUGAUCGCUGUACUUAUGAGAUAUGGUAUAGUGGGUUUUAUGCUUUAUGGUGA